AUGAGCUGGUUGGCUGAAUUGCUUUCGAGGAACAGCUCUGAUCCGAGAGAACGCCUCGAGCUCGGGCAAACCCUAGUAGCAGCCCUUCAAACACAACCACUGCCCCCGGACUCGAAAUUGCUCAACGAUCUCUGCGACGUCAUCUUUCAAUGGUUGGCCGGCAGCAACUUCAAGGUCUCGCUGUUGGCGUUAGAGGCGAUGGACGUCGGGGCGACGGCUAGUGGACCGGUGUUAGUGCCAUACCUCAUCGACCGAUUCUCGAAUAUUAUUGAUAGCUGGUCCCUCGAGAAAAUCGUGGCUGCGAUGGCGCACCGUGUGUGGCAUGUGCGGUGUGGCGGUAUGCACGUCUUCGCCCGUAUCGCGGCUCUCAGG